CAGGUGGCAGGGCGAGAGCAAGGGUUCUGACAGCAUCCCAGUGCCUCCGCCCGGGCGGAAAGAGAGGAAGAAGCGCACAGAGGGGGUGUGGCCACCCACCGUCUGAAAAGCCAAGGUCCUGCCUGCCUGCUGUUGCCCCAGGGCCCAUCGCCUGCCCACGUGUAACUAGUGUCACAGACGGACUGGCAAGCUGCUGUUGACAGCGUCCUGCAGUCUCACGAGAGUUCACCGACACUCAACGUGAGAACACACACAGGACGAUCUUCUUGUGGACAUGAUAGGACACCAAGUGCCCAGCACCAUGGCAGGGAGGAGGAAACCAGAGCCGAAGGGGCCAGGAACAGAGUGAGGCUGUGUUUGGCCCUAGCCCAGAGUGUGUGGAGGGGCAUGGUGCCAAGUGAGUCCACAGAGGGAAGGAGGAGGCAGCACUGAAUAACCAGUAAAGGUUUGGGGAGCCACAGGUUUCCGGAAGACUCUGGUGGAGCGGAAGGGAAACAGGAGUGGCCUGGCCGCGCCCCACCCUAGGUUGUCUGCAGAGGUAACCAGGCUCCGGAAAGAGUGUCAGCAGAAGCUGAUGGAGACUGGAGCUGUGGAGUCAAGGACUCGAGAUGCCUAUGGUGCCACCAGUUGCCUCCCCAACAAGGGGACCCUGGCUAAGAGCAGGAGCAACUUCAAAGACUUGAUGUCCAAGCUGACGGAAGGCCAGUACGUGCUGUGCCGGUGGACAGAUGGCCUGUAUUACCUUGGGAAGAUCAAGAGGGUCAGCAGCUCUAAGCAAAGCUGUCUUGUGACUUUUGAAGAUAAUUCCAAAUACUGGGUCCUGUGGAAGGAUAUACAGCACGCUGGUGUGCCAGGGGAGGAGCCCAAGUGUGACAUCUGCCUGGGGAAGACAUCAGGGCCUCUGAAUGAGAUCCUCAUCUGUGGGAAGUGUGGCCUGGGUUACCACCAGCAGUGCCACAUCCCGGUGGCAGGCAGUGCGGACCGGCCGCAGCUCACUCCCUGGUUCUGCAGACGUUGCAUUUUCGCCCUAGCUGUGCGGAAAGGCGGCGCGCUGAAGAAAGGGGCCAUCGCGCGGACUCUGCAGGCCGUGAAGAUGGUGCUGUCCUACCAGCCCGAGGAGCUCGAGUGGGACUCGCCCCACCGCACCAACCAGCAGCAGUGCUACUGCUACUGUGGCGGCCCCGGAGAGUGGUACCUGCGCAUGUUGCAAUGUUACCGGUGCAGGCAGUGGUUCCAUGAGGCCUGCACACAGUGCCUCAAUGAGCCCAUGAUGUUUGGAGACCGGUUUUAUUUGUUUCUCUGCUCCGUGUGUAACCAGGGUCCAGAGUACAUCGAGAGACUGCCCCUGCGAUGGGUAGACGUUGUUCACCUGGCCCUUUAUAACCUGGGCGUGCAGAGCAAGAAGAAGUACUUUGACUUUGAGGAGAUUCUAGCCUUUGUCAACCAUCACUGGGAGCUCCUGCAACUUGGCAAGCUUACUAGCACCCCUGUGACAGAUCGAGGACCGCAUCUCCUCAAUGCUCUGAACAGUUACAAAAGCCGGUUCCUGUGUGGGAAGGAGAUCAAGAAGAAGAAGUGCAUCUUCCGCCUGCGCAUCCGCGUCCCGCCCAACCCACCUGGAAAGCUGCUCCCUGACAAGGGGCUGGUGCCCAGUGACCGAGGAGCCUCUCAGCUGCUGCCGCUGCGUAAGAGAGGAGCGAGCAAGCCUGGUUUGUUGCCUCACGAAUUCCAGCAGCAGAAAAGGCGAGUUUAUAGAAGAAAAAGAUCAAAGUUUUUGCUGGAAGAUGCUAUUCCCAGUAGUGACUUCACCUCGGCCUGGAGCACUAACCAUCACUUGGCCAGCAUAUUCGACUUCACUCUGGAUGAAAUCCAGAGUUUAAAAAGUGCCAGCUCAGGCCAGACCUUCUUCUCAGACAUGGACUUUACUGAUGCUGCCAGCACCUCUGGCUCUGCCUCCACCAGCCUCUCCUAUGACUCCAGGCGGACAGUGGGCAGCCGCAAGAGGAAGCUGGCAGCCAAAGCAUACGUGCCCCUGCGGGCAAAACGGCGGGCAGCAGAGCUGGGUGGCUGCUGCCCCUCAGACAGCAGUGCAGAGGGGCCUUCAUUCCCUGAGCAGCCAGACGAAGGCAUUGACAGCCACACGUUUGAGAGCAUCAGUGAAGAUGACUCGUCCUUGUCCCACCUCAAGUCAUCCAUCACAAACUACUUUGGUGCAGCUGGACGGUUAGCCUGUGGGGAGAAGUACCAAGUGCUGGCUCGGAGGGUCACUCCAGAGGGCAAGGUUCAGUAUUUGGUGGAAUGGGAAGGGACCACCCCUUACUGACCACCCUUUAGGGGCUGCUCAGAGCCCUGAAAACCAAAGGAGGGAUAGCAGAAGCCAUAGGCUCCCUGUUUUCUCCAGGCUGGAGGUGAGGAGGGAAAUAGGAUGGAGCCCAAAGUGCCUGGCAGAAGUCUCUGGCUGCUGCCCACCAGGCCAAGGCCUGUGUGCUGCUGUGCUAAUUGCCUGUGUCUUUCAAGGUCCCACUGGUUCUGUUUGGUAUUUCUCCACACGUCACACCCCCAAACUGUUACUCUGAAUUCAUGUCCUCAUGGCUGUGACCCUUAACCCUGAAUCUGUUUCUCUUUGUCCUGAGUCCUCCAUCCCUUCACCUUAACCCAUUUGGGGUGUUAGUGUGUUUACACAUCUUCCAUGUGCACAUUUGUCCCUCACUGGAUAUCAUUUACACCUGACCAAUGGGGAUAGAUUCUUGCUGGGGCCUCACCGAGAGCAGGUACUCCUGAGAGAGGAGUAGGGUGGAACCCCUCUCUGCCUGUUUGUGCCAGGCCCUUGUCUUCACCUCUGGGAAACCUCAUGACAGAGGCUUGGGACCCAAGGCCUGGAGAGCAAUGAUCUGGGUCUGCGCUGAAAUAACCGGCAUUAGGACCCUUUAUGAAGGCUGAGAGGGAAAGCUGCCAGCAUCAGCUCUACAGAUUGCAGAAAUUUGUCUGUCCCUAGCCAUCCCCUUCACUAUGGUGAUGGAGCAGGUCCUGCCUCACUGGCAUAGAGAGGUCCUUGUACACCAGAGGAACUAGUAGGAGGGGGAGGUAGAAUGAGAAGCCUUGGCAGACUAAAUCUCAGACCCACCACAUAGCACAACACAACAUGGCCUCAUGCCAUGUAAACAUACACAGCCACACAGGGUCAGUCUAGAUUCUGCCUUUGCCUCUCUCUUGGCCUUUUCCAUGGGCACAUGCUACAACUAACAUGAAAGCUCAGCCCUUGCUCCCUUCUUCCUUCCUGUGAACCAGCUGUGGACCCACGGGAAACGUGGAGAACUCAUGCAUACUGUGUUGUGUGUCACCUGCUUCACUCGGACACUGAUAAUUACUUCUGGGGACAGGUUGGGAUUUUUCAAGGACCUGAGUCAUUUGGUCCCCUUGAAAGAAAGCUUGUCAUUGAGGGUGUUAACAGAAUCUUAGAAGGGACAUUUAACUCAGCUCCAUUUGGAGGGAAACUAAAAUUAGGAGGGGCAAGUACCCCUUAUUUUUGCUGCUUCUGUAUUAAAAAUGGACUCACUUGAUUGGAAAAUGGAAAUAAGUGCCUUUGGGGGAGGGUAGAGGCACCAGAUUGGAACCAGCCUUACCCAACUGCUGCCAUGGCCUCUGGCUGGCUAGAUUUUGAAGGCUGCCAGCUGGAAGGCGAAGGUGGGUAGAACAGAGGCCACAGUGGGACAGCAGGCCUGAGGAACUGACUUCAAACUAUGACUCAGCUUGAACUCUCCCCACUUGUGAUCAUUCAGGGUGCCCUUGAUAUAGGCUAGAUGCCACCUGCCUUAAAUGUACGCAACUAUAGUGCCUUUCACAGUGCCUUUGCCUCAUAUCCUGUGCACAGCAUGUCCACGUCCCUCUAUUUCCUUGCCAUGGCCCAGGCAGGCAUGUGGGCAUUGGGCCCAGUCCUCAGCCUCACAGCUGCUGCCACUAAGGCUCCUGAGUGAGGCCAGGCAGAAGAGGAGAAGCCAGCUCCAAGCCCAGCAGGGAUGUGGGCUGUGGAGCCUAGUCUGGCUUCAAAACAACCUUCAAGGUUUAAUUUCCAGGUUUCUGCAAUAGCCAGAGAGCAAGGCCUGCCCCGGUGUGUGUACCUUCACUGAUGUGUCGUAUAGGGAAAGGCCUGCCCCGGUGUGUCUCCUUCACUGAUGUGCUCCAGAAAAGCUUUGGGUCCAUGGAGCUGAGCAGUGUGGAAGGUACAGCCCCACUAAGGAAGAAAGCACAAGGCCCAACCAGGUCACCUGACUCCUUACCAGAUAAUAGCUACAUUACUGCCAACUGACCUUGUAAAUCUGUGCACCUUUGAAAAGAAACAUGGUUUUGAAUUGCUGCUUUUAAUAACAUUUGUUAUAUUAAAGUUAUAAAUUAA